AUGGUCAAAUUUGAUUCAGCUCUAGUUGUCAAACGAAAAUUGUGGGCCGAGUUUGGCAAAAACACACCAGGUGAAACUUGCAUUAGGGAUACAUUUCAACGCUUUUGUGAAACUGCUACAGUUGAAGAUCGUGAACAUUCUGGAAGACCGUCACAAAUUACAGAAGAAAAGAUUGAUGAAGUUGGUGCUGUUUUUGAAAAUCAACCACAAUCGAGUGUUCGGCCUGUUGCAAGAAUCUGUUCCACUUCCCGAACAAUGGCACAUCGAAUUAUGACUGAACAUCUUUCAUUGAAGCCCUACAAGGCGCAAUUUUUACAACAACUUUAUGAAGAAGAUAUGCAAGACAGAGUUGAGAUGUGUAAAACUCUGACACCGAUGUUAGAAGAUAAUCAUAUUCAACAAAAUUUAUUUUUUUCGGACGUAGUAACCUUUUAUUUGAAUGGAUUAGUCAAUAAACAUAAUUGUGCUAUGUCAAAAAAUCAAUUAGUGCGGCCAUAUUUCUUCGAAGAUGAUACUGUUAAUGGAGAAAAUGAUUUACUAAUGCUUCAAACAUUCUUUAUUCCAGAAGUUAAAAAAUUACACAAGUUUCGUUCUAUUAUAUUUCAGCAGGAUGGAGCUCCUCCCCAUUUCUCCAUCGAUGUACGACGGUUUCUGGAUAAUCAUUUUCCUGACAGGUGGAUUGGAAGAGGUAGUUCAAUUCGAUGGGGUCCACGUUCACCAGAUUUAACACCUCUCGACUUUUUCCUCUGGGUUCACGUAAAGAAAAAUGUCUACAAAACUCCUAUCAAACAUAUGGCUGAAUUAAAAAUGAGAAUCGAUAAAGAAAUUAAAUCAAUCUCAAAAGAAACUUUGUGUAAUGUUUUUUCAGAUAUUGCAAAACGGAUGGAUUUAUGUAUUUCAGUUGAUGGUAAUCAUUUUGACAUUUGUUGUAAACCAAAUUAUAUGAAAUAA